AUGGCAGAGCAAGGAGCAACAUAUUGCUGUGAUACAUUCCCGGUUCGUCGGUGGAUACGUAAACAUUAUACAAAAAUACGAGGAAGACAUACGGCGAACUGCAAUCAUUGUCUGAAACAAAUAGGAAUUCGACCCUUGAUUUUAUUAUUCAAUCACUUGGUACAGGUACAUUCAAAUGAAUUAACAGAAGGAGAAAAGGAAGAUAAACUUUUACAUUGGGUAUGGGAUCAUUUUACUAUAAAAGACACACAGAACGCGACAUGUAACAUAUGUGGCUCAGAACUUAAGCGCGAUCUUAUGCGGAACUUAAGUCAACACUUAAAAAAUGUGCACGGGAUAUUACCUCCAUGUACAGACGAUAUGGAUAAUGUAAGUAGCGAUGCAAACCCGGAUACAACUAUAAAAGAAGAUCAACUACACUCAGCAACUUUAACUAAAAUUUGUAAAAACAUGGAACAGAUAGGAGUUCUUGAUAAAAAUGAGACUGACCAUAUUUUGGAUCUUUCUCUACGCAGAGAUGUACAAGAACAUGCUUUGGAUCUUUCAAUCCAUAAAGGUAUGGAUAUAGCGGAAUGA